GGCUGCGGCUGCCUCCGGCUGCUCCCGCCGCGGGGCGCGGAGCGGGGCGGCCGCGGGGAGCGCCCACCACCCCGCGGCGGCGCGGGAGCCAGGACGCGGACUGAGAUGUUGACAGCUUUGGAGCAAUGCAGGACACGCUGAUUGCAUCUGUGCAGUGCCACUGCCUUGGAAGAAGGUUCACCAAAGCAGACGAGUCCUGCCUCUCACCCUGCGGAUGAUAAAUGCCAGAGGAGCUGCUGUCUAAAUGGGUCCAGUCAUGCCUCCCAGUAAGAAGCCAGAGGGCUCAGGAAUUAGUGUUCCCAGUGGAUUGAGCCAGCGUUAUCAAGACAGUGAUUUAUCAAAGGCACUUCAUGAUGACGAGGACCUAGAUUUCUCUUUGCCUACCAUCAGAUUAGAUAAAGGGGCCAUGGAAGAUGAAGAACUAACUAAUUUGAACUGGUUACAUGAGAGCAAGAACUUGCUGAAAAGCUUUGGGGACUCGGUGUUAAGGAGUGUUAGCCCUGUCCAGGACAUCGGUGAUGACACGCCGCCGUCUCCUGCCCACUCUGACAUGCCCUACGAUGCCAAGCAGAACCCCAACUGCAAACCUCCCUAUUCCUUUAGCUGCCUCAUAUUUAUGGCCAUUGAGGAUUCGCCAACCAAAAGACUGCCUGUAAAGGAUAUAUACAACUGGAUUUUGGAACACUUUCCAUAUUUUGCAAAUGCACCCACUGGAUGGAAAAAUUCUGUGCGACAUAAUCUGUCCUUGAAUAAGUGUUUUAAGAAAGUGGACAAAGACCGAAGUCAGAGUAUUGGAAAGGGGUCCUUGUGGUGUAUAGACCCAGAAUAUAGACAAAAUCUUAUUCAGGCUUUGAAAAAGACACCCUAUCACCCAUAUUCGCAUGUGUUCAAUACACCUCCCACAUCUCCUCAGGCAUAUCAAAGCACAUCAGGUCCACCCAUUUGGCCAGGAAGCACCUUUUUCAAGAGAAACGGAGCCCUUCUACAAGAUCCUGACAUUGAUGCUGCCACUGCCAUGAUGCUUUUGAAUACUCCCCCUGAGAUACAAGCAGGUUUUCCUUCGGGAGUGAUACAAAAUGGAGCUCGAGUACUGAGUAGAGGAAUAUUUCCUGGAGCCAGGCCAUUGCCAAUCAACCCUAUAGGGAGCAUGGCUGUCGCAGUAAGAACUGGUUGGAAAUCUUUCAAAAUGAAUGGAAUAACAAACUGCCGGAUGCGGACGGAAAGCGAACAGUCCUGCGGCUCUCCAGUUGUUAGCGGUGACCCAAAGGAGGAUCACAACUACAGCAGUGCCAAAUCUUCCAACCACAGGAGCACAUCACCUGCCAGUGACUCCGUUUCCUCUUCCUCUGCUGAUGACCAGUAUGAAUUUGCAACUAAAGGUAGCCAAGACAGCAGUGAAGGAAGUGAGGUGAGCUUCCAGAGCCACGAGAGCCAUAGCGAAACAGAAGAGGAGGACAAAAAGCAAAGUCGGAAGGAGACCAAGGAUUCUUUAGCUGACAGUGGAUAUGCAUCCCAGCACAAGAAAAGGCAACAUUUAAUGAAGGCGAAAAAAGUACCAAGUGACACACUGCCUCUUAAAAAGAGACGUACAGAAAAGCCCCCUGAGAGUGAUGAUGAGGAGAUGAAAGAAGCAGCAGGAUCACUCCUGCAUUUAGCAGGAAUUCGAUCCUGUUUGAACAACAUCACCAAUCGGACGGCAAAGGGGCAGAAAGAGCAAAAGGAAACCACAAAAAAUUAGAACAAAUCAAUGAUUUGUUUGAACUUACAAAGUUUUGUUUCAGCACGUCAGGUGAAUUCUAAUGAUUUGUGGCAAUAUCAGCAAUUUUUUCCUUUUUUGUUUUUCUUCUAUUUCUUUUUGUUUUGUUUAUUUGGGUUUUUUGUUUGGUUUUUUUUUUUGACCCUUAAGAUUUUUAUUUUUAAAGGAGAUUGAAGCCAUAGAACUCAUACUGACACUCAGCUAAUUUACAAAAGCUUUUCAUUACCUGAAGACAAAAAGUUAACAAAAAAAGAAAGCCAAAAUCGCCAUUGCUUUCUCCAGCUUGUCAAAAAUGCAUGGUUGAAUACGCAGUGAUAUCAACAUUAAUGUGAUGGGAGUAAAAUUGGGCACUUGGAAAUCCCUCUUAGAGUAGAAGAGCUGUGCAUAAUUUAGUAUUCAUUCAGGCCUGGCCCUUAAGAAUUUUUUUAAUGGCCUUACAAUUGGGUUAGAAGUGAAUGUGAAUAAAGAGAUUUGUGGGAAAGAGGAGGCACGUACUUCUCAAGCAAGAACUGUUUAGUGGCACUUGGAGAUGUGCCACACGAGUCUUCGGACAGCCACUGGUGGCAACUGUGCAAGCAGCAAUGCACUUCUAGUGUGUCACAUAUCCUUUGUGGCUCAUAGUGUGAAGACUGAUAACUCUAAGUCAGAGGAAAUUUAAAUUAUGUAUGCAAUGGGUUUCAGUGAAAUAAUGAAAUGGGAGGGGUGUGACUGUUAGUAGCAUCGUUAACCAUUGAAUUCUGUCUUCUAUAUUAAAUUGAAAGAAUGUUCAAAAAGCCAUAAGCCUGAAGAUUGGCACUGCGUGCAAAAAAUAAUAGUAAUAGGGAAAAACAAACUAUGUCUUCUAAACUGCCUGAGUGGAAAGUAAUCAAGUCUAAGAAAUUACAGUAGAUACAAUGUACAUCAGAAUCUUUUUCUGUGGAUCACAUCCUUGAUCUAACAGGGGAAACAAAGCUACAAAACCUGCCAUUAGUAGUACUCUGUAUUUAAAACUAGAAGGAAAGCAUAUUGGUGAACAGUAAAAUUCAGAAAUUCAACAAAAGAGCUCCUACACUGCCCUCAGAAGUGAGUGUGCAGUGACCAUCAGUCAGGAUUCAUCUGUGCAAAAAUGACAACAAAUUUCCAGAUUCAACCAGCAUAGCCAGCAGAAGAAAUUUGAUCCACAUUGCAUGGAUUCUUUAGGGAAAGGGGGAAAACAAAAAGCAAACAAUUUUUUUUAUUCAAAGAUGACAAAGUUCUUGUAAGGUAAAUAAUGUAUUUAGCAUGAAGCAUGAAUUAUUUUCAUAUAAAUAUAGAAAAUAGAGAAAAAGGCUAUGCCUCUAAUUUUUAAGCCCUUAGGCUUAGAGUUUGUUUUUUGGGGGUUUUAUUUUUUGUUUUGUUUUGUUUUUGUUUUGGUUCUUUUUUGUUGUCGUUGGGGUUUUUUUGAAGCAGGUGUUUAAGGUUUAACCUUCUUCAGGGACAAACACUGACUGUUGGGGAACUUACUCUGCAAUAUUAAAAAAUAAAAUCUUCAUGCUCUGGUAGGGCUUGGAUGGUUGAAUUAUACUGCCUUGUCUGCACAUUCAGCCCCCUCUCCCUACUUCUGUUAAAAAAAAAGAAAAAAAAAAGAAAAAAGUAAAA